GGCAACGGCAUGUUGAUCAAGGACUCCUGUCUGUGUGCAAUGAUAUCAAGCAAUCACCACCUACACAGUGAGAGACGUCCAUCUGUGUGGAUACACACACCCACGAGGGAAGCCAACAAAUGGGUGCGACAGACAGACACCUGCAUGGCAUGCAUCUAUAAAUGCGAUGGCUGCCUGGCUGGCUGGCUGCCUGGCUGGCUGGCUGGCUGGCUACGGUUUCGCAGAAGCAGGUGUAUUAGCAAGGUCUCUUUGCCAGUAGGUGGGCAGCAGAUAGACGGGAGGGGAGGGGGAGGGAGAGGGAGAGGGAGAGGGGGCAGGGGCAGGGGUGGAUGCCUAACCGAUGGAUCGAUACAUAUCACUCAUAUCUCGUAUUGGGGAUGGGGUCUUCACAUGUGUCUCACCCUCUUGCAAGAGGGAUGUCUGUGUCUCGGUUGAGCGGCGAGGGGCUGCACACACGAAUGAGACACUUGCUUGUCAUUCGUCCAUUUAGCCAGGCAGGUGAGCAGGCACGCAAGAUAAGUAAGAAGUACCUACCGGGCAGCAUGCACUGACGAAUGCAUAAAGGUCCAAGUACUGUCCGCUCGCAUGAUGAUACACAACCAGCCCGGAGGGGCAAGGGAAACCGCCGUUUAUCGAUCCACCUGAGUGAGUGCAUUUGCCAAACUACGCAUUCGUGUAUUUUCCGUCUUCCCCGCUUGUCUCACCUCUGAUCCAUUCUGUGGGCAGGCAUCUCUCUUCGAGAAUAGUCACCUCAUGGCCGCUGAAGAGGUACCGGUUGCUGCCCAGGAAACUCACUGACGACGUAUACGGACACCUGCCCACACAUUAAUAAGUGCGUAAGCGACCUUCUGCCUCGAAGGCCCGGGCUGUACCUACCGUGCGUUGACAAUCUCCAUUAUUCUUUCCUGGAGUGGGUUUGUGGGUGUCUCCGGCCCCCUCACCGGCCUGUGUCGCCCGUGGACGAGUGGAUACACCCACACAGACACACGUGUCUCAUCCACGUGUGUGUUUUGGCAGAGCAGAAUAGCCAAGGAUGGCUUCCUUACGUGUGUGCCCUCGACUUUACUUUGGCGGCCGUGUAUUUCUUGCACGGCACAGCCUUCUUGGCCCUAGAUCCUUCUGGGGUUCUGGGGAGAGGGGGGGGUUGAUGCACUGCCGCCAGUGGGACAGCGGGCGGGAAGCCUGCAGACGGAGGGGAUGGACAUGUGUGCGACUUUGGAUGAAUGUGACCUGCUUACCCUCGUCCUUUAUCCUUCGUGUCGGCACCAAAUCAUCAGCGCGGGGGCUGCUGCUGUGCAAGAAACGAACAGACAAAACAUGGACACGCACAUGGGAGAAGGUGUAUUUCCUCCUGGAUACCGCUUACUUUCGUUCAUGCGUCUGACAUUGCUCAUCCCGCGUUGACCGAUCCGGCGGCGCACUAUCGCUGGUGCGAUCCGCCCCUGCAUUGGCCCUCUUUGGCGGGGUGGACGCCUGAGGGCUCACCAGCCUCUCUCUGGCCAGUGACGUCCUCAGCGGCCGCAACACAUGCACAGCCACGCCAUGGCUGACAGAGGAACACUGCAUGCCAUUGGGAGGACGUCUCGGCACCGUUGGUUGGCACAUAGGGUUGAAAUGUGGUAGGGGCGGUGGAGAGAUCGGUAGAGAGGGGACGGACGGCCGUGUUCUUGUUUGUGGGUUAGAGGGCCAUGUGGCCUCCUCGUGAGCAAGGGACGGGGCAGAGGGAGACGGCGGUGCACCAACAGGAGUGGCAAUGUCCUCUGCUGCAGUAGGGGGGGAGAGCUGAUCGGUCGAUGAUUGGGGCGAGGGGGCAAAUGACGGAGAGAAUGAGCAGGGGAGGGAGGGUGGAGGGUGCAAGGAGGAUGCUCUGUCUUCGGACUGUGGAGGAGGGACAGGACCUUGGCUGAUCCAACGAGACGCGUCUGUGGCCGUCGCCGUUUCAUCAGCCUCGAUGGCAUUCAGGGAAGAGCAUCGCCGCCUGGGCAUGGACGACAGUAAGACCGGAAUAGCUUCAUCUUGUCUCCUCUGCUCCUCGAUACGUCGUCCUCUCUCGACUAAUCUGGUCACCACCACACGUGGCUCUUCUGGUCUGGCCGCUUCUUGUGGCCGCAGGGCGGGGGGUGUCUCCUUCUGUGGCUUCUCGUCUUCAUGAGACGCGCCAGUGCGUCUGGCUCUCGGACGAAAUGUGGGCAGCAUGGGUGGUUCUCUCUCCUGGAUGGCCGCCUUUGGCUUCUUGUCAUCUUGGAAUUUGUGCUCCUCUAUCUGGUGCUGCCUUCUGGCCUGAUAUUUCUCAAUUGGCUGAGCUGACAAGGGGCCGUUGCUGAUGGAUGCUGCCGCUGGAAUCUCGGCGACGGCUGGCCGUUGUUGUCUUUCGUGUUUGUGCGCUGGAGGCGGUGCGCUGUGGCUGUCGAUGGGCUCCAUGAUGGAGCCGCCGCCACGUCUGACCGAUACCACCUUGACGAAUCCCUCGCUCAUCACUCCGUUGAGUGGUGGCGCUUCGCAGGGCCCGAUCACAUCGUCGGAUGUGGCUCGUGUACUUUCGUCGAUGACCCGCUGACUGCAACCCUGCACGAGGGGCGUCUCAUAGGUCACGAAACGAGUGCCGCACACUGCAACGACAGAGGUCACACACAGGAAGACAGGCACUGCAAACGUGUGUGCACCUGCAAUUAAGAAAUUAAUUAAGACUUAGUGCACACCACACCCUGCGCGUCGCUCAUCGGCGAGCCGCCCACUGGCCUCUUCCACUCUGCCAGCGAGUCAGUCGACGAACACGAAGACAGGAUGCUCCUGGCUGGAGAGACCCUCACAUCUCGCUUCCUUCUCGGGCGGCGCCGCUCCUCCGGCCCGGGCGGCGACAGUCUGAGUGCAUCGGUGUGUCUGCCCUGCUGCUGCUGCUGCUGCUGCUGUUGCUGCUUCUCUUGGCUGUAUCGCCUCUUGUGGCCUGGCGACAGGUCGAUGUGUGUGUCGAUAGCCAGCUUCUCGAAAACAAGGACAGACGGCAAUUGGGACAUGAUGCCACUGCAGAACGAGAAGGAGAAGACAACCCCUGCACGGACUCAUUGCAGACGAGCUAUUCCUGUCCUCUUACUUGGUGAGUGCG